AUGUAUGCAAACAUUUGCAAUGUAUGCAGUGUGUGCAUGUAUGCAUGCAUGGCGACUGAUGAGCAAGUGGCCUUCUCUAGGAGCGCCUACCACGGAGCCAAGCGAACAAGCCUCCUGGCCAACGUGAAGGAUCACGCGCCGAAGUUCUACGGCGUGGCUAAGGCCAUUGCGAAGGCGAAUGAGAAGGCCGUGGUGAUGCUGUCGCGGCAGGCCGGCUACAAGGUUCUGCUGGAGAUUCUCCGAAAGACGGGGAGGAAGCAGGGCUUCAAAGUCGCCACCUUGUCCGAGCUGAGCGACUUCAAUGAUGGCCGGCGCAACCUGCGUGGCGAGCGUUUCCGCGUGCUCGUAGCCGAGACAUCGCAGGCGGGCGAGGGCAUCCAGUUCAGGCACGUGAGGCGGCUGCACCUCGUGGAGGUGCCGGCCAGGCACUCGGACCUGGUUCAGCGCGCCUCCCGCUGCGUUCGCAUGGGUGGCCAUGAGGGGCUGCCGCAGGAGGAGCGGGAGCUUGCCAUUGAGGUGCACUUGGUGCAGCUGCCCAGCUUCCUCAAGAAGGGGCCGAGUUCUUUCAUCUACCGCGAGCUGCUAAAUGCCCGGGAGGCCGGGAGGGCGCGCAUGUCCAGCCCCCGAAGACUCUCCUUCACCCGAAAGCGCGUUGCGUGA